CUAGUUCCUAGCGGCAAGUUAGGGCGGCUUUGAUCAAUUCCCAGGACUUCUUCCACCGGUUCUCAGCAAUACGGACAUGUAACUAUUUUUGAUAGAAUGGAGGCUCAAGGAGUACCUCAGCUGCAGGGCAAAAUGCAAGGACAUGAGUCGCUGACUUCCUCCCAGCAUCAGAGCCAUAGAUAUUAAUCUAUAUUUCAACAUCAGUCUACAAUAGCUGAAAACACCUCACCACAAAACAAAUUAACCCAUGGUACUGAUGGGUGUUUUUUGUAAAACAUAUUUUAAGAACUUUUGUUGAGAUCUAUUUUCUACUUGUGGCACAAUUCUAUAUUGUUACUUAUUGGGCACUGAUGGUAGCUUUCAGAAGGUGCUGCUUCAAAUGGUCCAUCUCCUCUUUUAGCAAGAAGGAACUUUGGGUCUUGGAUAGCAACAACAUCUUCAGGAAAAAUGCUAUACGAAGGAAAGCAGCUCAUCUCCUGCCAUUGUUUCUUCCUAUUAACAGCCAAAUUCUACUGGAUACUCAGUACGAUGCAAAGAACUCAUGGCCAGGAAUAUGCCCACUCUAUUCGACUGGAUGGGGACAUCAUCUUGGGAGGACUGUUCCCUGUCCAUGCAAAAGGAGAUAGAGGGGUUCCGUGUGGGGAGCUGAAGAAGGAGAAGGGGAUCCACAGACUAGAGGCAAUGCUAUAUGCAAUAGAUCAGAUCAAUAAGGAUCCCGAUCUUCUUGCCAAUAUCACUUUAGGUGUCCGGAUCCUAGAUACUUGUUCCAGGGACACUUAUGCAUUGGAGCAGUCCUUAACAUUCGUACAAGCUUUGAUAGAGAAAGAUGGUUCAGAUGUGAAAUGUGCUAAUGGAGACCCGCCUAUUUUCACUAAGCCAGACAAGAUAUCAGGUGUAAUAGGUGCUGCUGCAAGUUCUGUAUCCAUCAUGGUUGCUAAUAUUUUAAGACUUUUUAAGAUACCUCAAAUCAGCUAUGCAUCUACAGCUCCAGAAUUAAGUGAUAACACCAGGUAUGACUUUUUCUCUCGAGUGGUUCCACCUGACUCAUAUCAAGCCCAAGCCAUGGUCGAUAUUGUGACAGCACUUGGAUGGAACUACGUGUCAACACUGGCUUCAGAGGGAAACUAUGGAGAGAGUGGUGUAGAAGCAUUUACUCAGAUCUCAAGGGAAAUUGGUGGCGUUUGCAUCGCUCAGUCACUAAAAAUCCCCCGUGAACCAAGACUGGGAGAAUUUGACAAGAUCAUCAAGCGCUUGUUGGAAACUCCUAAUGCUCGAGCAGUGAUCAUGUUUGCAAACGAGGAUGAUAUUAGGCGAAUAUUAGAAGCAGCCAAAAAAACUAAUCAAACUGGACAUUUUCUUUGGAUUGGCUCAGAUAGUUGGGGGUCAAAAAUUUCACCUGUUUACCAACAGGAAGAGAUUGCAGAAGGAGCAGUCACCAUUCUGCCCAAAAGAGCUUCUAUUGAUGGAUUUGAUAGAUAUUUUCGGAGCCGUACCCUUGCUAAUAAUCGAAGAAAUGUGUGGUUUGCAGAAUUUUGGGAGGAGAAUUUUGGAUGCAAGUUAGGAUCACAUGGAAAAAGAAACAGCAAUAUCAAGAAAUGCACAGGCUUAGAAAGAAUUGCAAGAGAUUCAGCCUAUGAGCAAGAAGGAAAGGUCCAGUUUGUAAUCGAUGCUGUAUAUUCCAUGGCCUAUGCACUACAUAGCAUGCAUAAAGAGCUCUGUCCUGGAUAUAUUGGUCUGUGUUCAAGGAUGAGCACGAUUGAUGGUAAAGAGCUACUUAGUUAUAUCCGGGCUGUAAACUUUAAUGGGAGUGCUGGAACACCUGUUAUUUUCAAUGAAAAUGGAGAUGCACCUGGGCGCUAUGAUAUAUUUCAGUAUCAAAUGACCAACAAAAGUGCAGAAUACAAAGUAAUCGGUCACUGGACAAAUCAACUUUAUCUAACUGUAGAAGACAUGCAGUGGGCUAGCAGAGAUCAUACUCAUCCAGCAUCUGUUUGCAGCCUGCCCUGUAAACCUGGUGAAAGAAAGAAAACAGUAAAGGGAGUGCCUUGCUGUUGGCACUGUGAACGCUGUGAAGGGUACCAUUACCAAGUGGAUGAGCUCACCUGUGAACUGUGCCCAUUUAAUAAGCGACCAAAUGCCAACCGCACAGAUUGCCAGCUUAUUCCAAUAAUCAAACUGGAAUGGCAUUCUCCCUGGGCCAUCGUACCUGUGUUCAUAGCUAUUCUCGGAAUUAUUGCAACCACCUUUGUCAUCGUGACAUUUGUCCGCUACAAUGACACACCCAUCGUCAGGGCAUCUGGCCGUGAACUCAGCUACGUGCUAUUGACUGGGAUUUUUCUCUGUUACUCUAUCACUUUUUUAAUGAUUGCCGCUCCGGACACAGUGAUCUGCUCAUUUCGACGGCUCUUUUUAGGACUCGGCAUGUGCUUCAGUUACUCUGCCUUGCUCACAAAAACUAAUAGAAUCCACAGAAUAUUUGAGCAAGGUAAAAAAUCUGUCACAGCUCCAAAGUUUAUUAGCCCGGCUUCCCAGUUGGUGAUCACUUUCAGCCUCAUAUCCAUGCAGCUUCUUGGAGUCUUCAUCUGGUUUGCUGUUGAUCCACCACAUAUCGUAGUAGACUAUGGAGAGCAGAGGACACUUGAUCCAGAAAAUGCCAGAGGAGUUCUCAAAUGUGACAUUUCUGAUCUUUCUCUCAUUUGUUCCCUUGGAUACAGUAUUCUGUUGAUGGUCACAUGCACUGUGUAUGCUAUUAAAACAAGAGGGGUUCCAGAGACCUUCAAUGAAGCAAAACCCAUUGGAUUUACUAUGUACACCACCUGCAUAAUUUGGUUAGCUUUUAUUCCCAUCUUUUUUGGUACUGCGCAGUCCACAGAGAAGAUGUACAUCCAGACAACAACACUUACUGUCUCCAUGAGUUUAAGUGCUUCAGUAUCUCUAGGCAUGCUCUACAUGCCCAAGGUUUAUAUUAUCAUUUUUCAUCCAGAGCAGAAUAUUCAAAAACGGAAGAGGAGCUUCAAGGCUGUUGUGACAGCUGCUACAAUGCAAAGCAAACUGAUCCAAAAAGGAAAUGACAGACCAAAUGGCGAGGUCAAAACUGAAGUGUGUGAAAGUCUUGACACCAACACUUCCUCUACCAAGACAACAUAUGUCAGCUACAGCAAUCAUGCAAACUGAGCAGGGAAAUGAAACACACCUGAAGUAUAUGAAACUUAAAAAAAACAAUGAAUUUACUACCACCAAAACCUCAGUCUUGGAAAGAGCUGUAGACUCCAAUCGACUCAAUAGUCAGUCUCUUAAUGGACAAAGAUGAACCGCGAGCCAAAAGCAGGAGCGGUGGGGAAGGGAAAAGCUCAGUUUUAUACAAUUCAGACCGAAUGUCAAACUUCUGAACUGUUUACUCACAAAAGGAAGUAAAUCACAAAAGGAAAACAAAUGUUAGCUUGUGAAAAAAAAAAUGCUGUUGAAAUAAACCAUGUCUGAUGUUAUACUUGUAAGUACUUUUUUGUGAUUGUGAGAAUUUCCAUUCCUGUCCCACAUUGUUCAACUUGUAAAAGAAGAUACGUUUGUUUCUUGUUAUGACUGACUGAAUCGAAGCCGUGGGUUGUGCUAAAAUAAA